AAGAAACUGUUAACUUUCACAUAUUAAGAGGAGGCAUUUGCACCAGGCGAAGACACGGAGCACCAACACUGGCAGAGAGGAGGAUAAUCGCUCAGUGGAGGCUGUAGCUCACACUGAAACAGCCGUAGCGCCGACUGAACGCCAUUUCUCAACUUGAAGCUUAACGGCGCCACUUGAAUUAGCAGUGAGCAACAGGAAGAUGUGUCCGGGUUAGCUGCCCUGUUUUUGCUGAAAUUAAGCCCAUUGUCAGGUUUCUUGCGGAGUUUGAGCUGUGAAGUUGCUGUGCAGAUGGAGCUGAGCAGGAGGAAAGUGCCUCUGUAUGGCCAGGCGAAAGUAUUUGCACUGCUGGAUGGUUUUGACUCGCUUCCCGAGGAUGCAGAGGUCUACGUUGUCUUGGAAGGAUCCACACUGGUCCAUGUCACCAGGGCUCUUAGUGAUGUCAUGCUCUGCUUUAUAGUUCCUGGUCAUAACCUGGCUGAGGUGGUGUCUGUGCAGGCCUACCUGUGUUCUGAAACCACACCCCUCACCUGGGUGGGCGGGGCUUCUCUGGAGUAUGUCCAAGAUGAUGCUCAGGACCUGGCAGAGCACCUGGUAGUCCACGGACAUUGCCUUAGCUCCAGGGAUCACAAGGAUCUGAGCAGCCUCUUCAAUCUGGGCCAACAGAGCUCUCGCUGGGCUAUGGAUCGUCGCGUUGCCCUGGCCAUGGCAAAUCUGGAUAUCCCCCAAAACUGGAAUGUACUAGGGAGCCACAGCGGAGAUGAGCACAGUUUCAGGGAGUCUCCCCUCCACAUGGCCGUGCGAUGGGGUCUGUAUCGGCUUGCGGAGCUGCUGCUUUGUCAGCCGGGGGGUCUGAUGGCUGUCAGUCUGCCAAACGAAGAGGGAGUGACACCGCUGCAGCUGGCACAGACAGCCGGCAACACCGAGCUCCUGGAGCUGCUCACACACCCCCCCAACCCUCUGGCCACGCCUCCAGCAGGUCUGUCCCAGGUGUGGGCCGACCGGUCCCGCCUGCUCAGGUUCUGUCAUGAUAUGGGGAACCUGACUCUGACCGUCCGACAGAACCUGAGGUGGAGCUCAGAGGACAGUCGACACGCUGACAUCCUGCUUCUCAGAGACCGGCUCAGAGAUGAGGACUUUCUCAGAGAGAUCAAAGCUCUCAGGAGGGAACGUGUGGAGACCCUCUCGGGGAAGGAGGAGCUGGUGGAUGAUCCUGCCGAGACCGCACUGUAUUCUGAAAUGAAAAGAGCUGCUGUAGAAGAAAAUGACUACGAGGAGCUGCUGAUGUUUUGCCUGCAUGAAGAGGACGAGGUGGACGACCCAUCACACUUUGAAUCUGAGAAAAGCCAGUCCAUAGGGGAGAGCCCAGCCCGCUCCCCCACUAUGGCUGCUGCCGCCAGACUGUCAGCGAUGAUACAUGGCAAAGACAGGGUGUACGCUAACGCCAUGCUGGUGGACCAGGUGGAUGAAGCUGACAUUAAAUACCGCUCUCCCGGGGAGGAGGAAGGGAGCCCUGCGCCACAUCUUGGCAGCCCGUGCUGGGACCCCUUCUCCAUGACCCUCCCUGACUCAGGGAACUGUUCCCAAAACCGGCACUCGUCCUCACCCCAUAAUGAGGAGAGGGGAAUUCAAGGCCCUGGCCUGGAGAAUCACAGGGAGCCAUCCCCUCGCAUGUCUCCCCCAUGUCCCUUUGCUUCCUCCCCGUCUUUUCCUUCCUCCCCCCUGGCUUCCGCCUUCCGUAUGUUCGAGGGAGCGCAGAGGCGUCAGACGCAGCCCGGUCUGCCAGUUUCUCCUGCUUUGAACCGCAGAGGAUGCAGCUUGACCGAGACGAGCCGGGGCCUGAGUCCCAGUUUGGAGUGUGACAGUGGAGAAGAAGACAUACUGGGAUAUUCCUACCCCUGCUCGUCUGUAAAGAAGCAGUCCAUCCUGCGUUCCAGCUCAGGAGAGGAGAGGGACUCUUUCGACACAUCACCAGACUUUAACCGCACGCUCUCUGACAGCACAGACACGUCCGCUAAGAACCCAGAGAAAGCCGAAGUUCGCCUGCGCUCCUACUCCUACUCCUCCCCCAAAGCGAAGCCGUCACGGCCUCUGCUAAACCGAGACGCAACCAUCACUGACCUGGCAGAAGAUGGUGCAUUCAGCAGCAGUGGUCGUUCUCUACUUCAAGCUUUAUCUCUCUCUAAAUCCUUCUCUCGUCUCAACCAAGUUAAGCAGAGAGCAUUCACCCUGACUGAGACUACCAGAGAACAGAGGAUUUUGGGUUUCCGUAAGCGGGCCCAGUCAGCCGAGGAGGAGAGCAGCGCUUCGCUCCAACACCUCACCCUCACAGAGUUCCUCAAAGAGAUCGAAGAUGAGGAGUGGGAUAAAUACAUAAUCCCAUCAAAGGUCGAGUCAGAGAAGUACAAAGUCAGCCGGACCUUCAGCUUCCUCAAGAGCAGGAUGUCCAGCACUCGGAACAAAACCAAGGUGAAGGGGAAAGAGGUGAAGGAGGGAAAGGAGAAGCCAGGAGCGGCUAACGGACACCAGUUUGUUCCUGUGUCUCCCUCCGGUCCCGCUCUCUGUGUGGCCUGUGAAAAGUCUGUUUCUGGGAAGGAGCUGCUGCAGUGCUCCAGCUGUUUCCUGAAUGUCCAUAAAAGCUGUCGAGAGUCUGUUGCCGCCUGCGGAAAGAAGCCACAGGAGAGGAAUGCAAUGCUGAUGAAAAGCAAGACCAUGUCUCUCCCAAACAACUCUGUGAAAGAAAACUCUCAAGCUUUCUCCUCUUCCUCUACACUUCCCACCACAACCAGAGAGAGGAGAGAAACAGUCGCCCCUCUCUCCAAAAGCCUCUCCAUCUCUAUAGACACCAGGCGGCUGAGUGAUGCAGCAGGGGCUGACGCUGAGUGCAGUGUGACAGCUUGCAUCAACAACUCGUUGUCUGAUGAAGGAACACCUGUCACUGCGAAUCCCCCGCCAACCGAACCGCCAAUCACCACACAGGAUGUUGAUGCUCCUCCUCUAAUGAGCGACCUGUCAGCUGAGCUGCUGGGGCUGGAUGUGGAGUCCUGGAGUCUGGCCGUCAGUAAGGAGUUCUGCAGGCCGCUCGACAGGCGCACCACUAAGCGACAGGAUGUUAUUUAUGAGCUGAUGCAGACCGAGCUGCACCACAUCCAGACGCUGACGGUCAUGUCCGAGGUGUUCAGGAGAGGCAUGCUGGAGGAGCUGCAGCUGGACCUGGACUGCGUGGCCCGGAUCUUUCCCUGCCUGGACCCCCUGCUGCUUUUUCACAAAAACCUCUUCGGAGCCUUGCAGGAACGCAGACAAGCUGCAACGCAACCUGAGAACCCCCGGAAUUACCUCAUCCAUCACAUUGGAGAUAUUCUGCUUCAGCAGUUCUCAGAGGAAAACGCUGAGAAGAUGAAGCAGGUGUACGGAGAGUUCUGCAGCCAUCACACCGAUGCCGUCAAUGUUUUCAAAGAGCUGCAGCAGCAAAACAAAAAACUGCAAAACUUUGUCAAACAACAGAGCAAUAACACUCUGGUCCGGCGGAGAGAGGUGCCAGAAUUUAUCCUGCUGGUCACUCAGCGCAUCACCAAGUACCCUGUCCUGCUGGAGAGGAUAUUACAUUACACUCAGGAGGGAGGUCAGGAGCACUCUGACCUGUCGAGAGCCCUGGCUCAGAUCCGCGACAUCAUCGCUGCGGUGGACCUCACUGUGAAUAAGUAUGAAAGGUGUCAGGAGAUGCAGGAAGUGCUGGCCCGGCUGGAGAACAAGAGCUUCGCCAAGCUAAAGAACGACAAGGUGUUUCGCAAACAGGAUCUGCAUAGCAAACACAGGGAGCUGCAUUAUAAAGGGCUGGUCUUCUGGAAGACUGCCACCGGGCGUCUGAAAGAUACUUUGGCUCUGCUGCUCACAGACGUUCUGGUUUUCCUUCAAGAGAAAGAUCAACGUUUGGUAUUUGCUGCCGUGGACCAGAAGCCUCCUGUAAUCCCUUUGCAGAAGCUCAUUGUUAGAGAAGUAGCCAAUGAGGAGAGAGGAAUGUUCCUCAUCUCCGCCUCCUCAGUGGGACCAGAGAUGUAUGAAGUUCACACCACCACUAGAGACGAGAGGAAUGCAUGGAUGAGACACAUACGAAAAGCUGUAGAGAGUUGUCCUGAGGAAGAGGAGGAGGAAGAGCACAGUGCUGAGACAGAGGAGGCCCGGCGGGUGGCAGAAGUGAGAGUUCAAAAGAUCACAAAGUUCCAAGAAACCCUGUUGAGUCAGGACCAGCAGAUCUGCAGCAGCCUGGAGGAGAAGUUGCAGCUUUAUGCCGAGCUGACAGAGUUAACCCUGUGUUCACCAGAGCCUGUACUGCAGCGCCAUCUUCUGGUUCAACCUGACGCUAACACUGAGCCGCAGGCCUCCUCACUGCUCACAGCUGCACUCAGAGAAGCGGAGAACCUGAUCACUAUGCUGCAGGCUCGUGACGGCCUUUCAGUAAAAAGUCAGAGCUCUCCGCUCCGAGGACCAGAGUGCUUCAGCUACAACAGCCAUGGCAGCAGCAUCCAGGAGUCUCCCUCUGAGCCGGAUUAUCUGAGCACCCUCAGUUUGAGCUCCACCUCUCUGGGAUCAGACAGUGAGAUGACGGGUCUGGACAACGCGGUGUGGAGCUCUGCUGUCGAGCUGAAAAAAGGGACACUCUCAAAGGUGUCAGAGAGCGUUCAUGGUCUGACUCAGCUUCUCUACAGUCUGCAGGCUGCUGUUACCCUGCAGGACAGCUGCUGUGAAGUCCAGAAACUCCUUCUCCAGGAAGGAGAAAGACCUCAGCCCCGAACCCUCUCAUCCCUCCAAAACAGUCUGGAGCAGGAGAAGCAGAGAAGCCUCGAUAAAAAGAAAGAGGAUGUGGAAAAGAAGGGUUUAGAGAGGAAGAAAGAAGAGGUGGAUGAGGUAAAGAAACUCCAUGUGAAGCUGAAACAGGAGCAGCAACGCUGGGACAAAGAGUGUCUGGUUCGAGAGAAACAACAAUGUGAGCAGGAGAGUGUGCUGGAGCAGCGGGAGCAGCAGUGCCUCCUGGAGGCCGAGCGGCUGCGCUGCGAGCGAGAGGAGCUGGAGGCUCAGCUGCAGGAGUACCAGCAGAACCUGGACCGCCUGAGGGAGGGCCAGAGGAGCGUGGAGCGGGAGAAGGAGCAGAUCGAAGCCCAGCAGAGGCAGCUGCAGAGGUGGAGACACACCCGCCAGAGCAGCCUGCCUGUCAGCAUACCGCUGGACGUAUACAAGUCCCAGAUGCCCAGCCACAGCCGCUCAGGCAGCCUGGAUGGAAACAACUCGGUGUUCCAGAACGAGGCGGUUUUACUGGCCUCCCUCCAGCAGAACCGCCUCCACCAGCCCCCCAACAACAACCAGCGCCUGCUCUCUGCGCCCAGGAGGAGCCAGGACAUCCCUCUGCGCAGCUCCAGCUACACCGCCAACCUGGGCCUCAGUGCCAGCCUCUACAACAGCCUCAACACCCUGCUGAGCCAGGCCCACAGCAAACAGCCCGCGGAGGGUCUCACAUACCCCAACUACAGCAACCCACACGCGGUCCCCCGGCCCCUGAAUGUCCACCCCUUCAGCAGCAGGAUCACUGCACAGCCACAAAUGACCAACAACACAGACUUCAGCCAGUCGUUUGACAGACCAUCCCCGGGUCCCUGGAGGUCAGAGGUCACAGGUCACAGACUUUAUGAGGACGGCUACUCCUCGUCUCCCUCUCUUACCCCCCUCCUUCCCCCACAGGCCUACCUCUCUCUUGAAGGACAGAACGGGGAGGAGGGAGUCGAGGAGAACAUUGUUUAUCUCUGAGAAAGAGCAAUGCCAAGCUGCCUGAGCUAACUGGACCGAAGAUAAUAUAUCUGUUGCUUAUAUGUGUUUGUGUAUACGUGUGCAUUUGUUUUCAAAACCUGAAUAAUCAAACAAGGGAAUAGUUUCGGGGAGGGAGUUUACACAGAUACAGUAUUUGUGCCUUGAUCAGUGUAUGGGGUGGAUAUUCAUUAUUCUCUUCCUGUGUCAUGAAACCAUUGUGCCUUUCUGCAAACAAAUUCUCCAGCUCUGAUACUUGCACCCCACGUUUUGACUUCCACUAUGAUUCCUUUUAGUAUCCGUUGAACUUCGUUGAUGGAAGAGGUACAUUUAGUGCCAACACUGGGACUUAAAGUACCAGGAUAUCAGGACACAAGUAUUGAUGUUGUUUUCACAUGAGCACUUAAAAAAAGGAAAUAUUUGAAAAGCCAAACGAGCCCUUCCCCAAACUAUAACAGAGUGCUAUUAUUUCUCAAUAUUUAUAAGGGAUUGUGAGCAUCUUAAAGACAUAAAAGUAAACUGACAUUAUUGUAUAAAUAGUAAAUAUAUGUAUAUUUUUAUUGAAAAGCUACCUAUGCACACUUUGAUUGAAGAAUCAUUUAAAUUCUUCUUUUUUUUUCUCACUUAAGUGCCAAAAAUCUUGCUAUCUAAUACUGAAAGUGAUGUCUGUAAAAAAUGGCUGUAUGUUUUCUGUUCACCACCUUUUCUGAUAAUUUAUUGUGGUAUUGCUUCAUGCACCGUCAACGUUAAUAAUAUUUUGGUUAGGAUACGUGUUCUCUUGUAAUCGCUGUAAUCAGAAUUGUGUUGUGCCAUAUGGAUAUGCUAUAAAACUGUAUCAAACAUC